AUGACAAGAAGACGAAAUCUUAGACAGCACAUUGAAGAAUUUUCUGGAAACACUACUUUUCAUGGAGCUCAUUUUGUCCUUGGAGCUGACAGAGGGAUAAUUCGUCGAGUUUUCUGGUUGCUCUUGAUUCUGACAGGUUUGGGUUUCCUGACAAAACAACUAGUAGAAAGUUAUAACAAGCUACAAGCAAAGGAGCAUGUUAUUACUAAAGAGAUGMUUUCUGUCGAAGAGAAUGGGUUAAAGUUCCCGGCUGUUACCAUAUGCAAUGCCAACAUGAUGCGAGGAAGCAAAAUCGAAAAGAGCUAUGGCGCCGAUGCAAAGGCUUAUUUGGACCAACUGAACCCUUUAAGUAAAAUGCUCUCAAUUCCAAWCAAGACUUUGGACAGCUCUUUUGAUAUUAAGAAAGCCGUCCUACGGUUUGGCCACAAAGCGGAUGAUAUGAUAAGACGUUGCGCUUGGGAUGGGAACCUUUGCAGCCACCUCAACUUUACCACACGUUUUUCGCAAAUUUAUGGCCUUUGUCACACAUUCAACUCAGGAAAAGACGGGCAUCCGCUUCUCUACUCAACGUCUAUCAGACGAAGCCACGGACUUCAUAUGGUGAUCGAUAUCGACAAAUUCGACUACUAUGGCAUUAUGAGCUACUUAAACCCCGGAAUAAGAAUGGCAAUCCACGGUCAAGACGAGGAGCCUAUGAUAGAGGCUGAUGGGAUCGACAUUAUGCCAGGUCACAUGACAGCAAUAAAAAUCCAAAACACAGAAUACAUCAGUCUUAGGGCUCCUUACAAGUCAGCAUGUGGUGGAAAAGAUCUUAAGACUUCCAAGGUUUACACGCAAAGCAGGUGUCUUAUGGAAUGCAGUACACGUAAAGCAAUUCAAAAGUGUGGUUGCAUACUGCUGGGAAUGUCUGAACUACCAGAGUUCAAUGGCACRAAAUAUUGCACCCCAAAUGAAAUGAUCUCUUGCGGAUUAUUUUUGAAUGCCAGUGAAGUGGGGGAUUCCGGUYAYGUAYCGAAURUUUUGUUCRAAUUUCUCAUUAAAUCUGAUACUUCAUUUUUGAGUGGUAAUCCAAAGGAAUGUGUCUGCCCAAAAAAUUGUACUCAUAUCGCGUACAAAAUCGCUCAAAUCAACGCCGUGUCGUUAAUUUCCGAUUCUUUUUGGAAGGAAUUUUACAAAAAUAACGUUAAAGCUAUGAAAUCAGACAAGGCUUAUUUUGGGGAUAAUCUGGCACUUUUGGUACUACAAUAUGAUGAUCUSUAUACACACAAGUCAACUGAAAGAGAAGCAUAUGACAUCAAUGACUUUGGAUCGGACGUUGGUGGCUAUCUUGGCCUGUUCUUGGGAUGCAGUAUUUUGACCGUUUUCGAAGUAUUUGAUUUCAUCGUAAACUUCCUCUUUGGAAAGCAGAAAAAUAAGAAUGAAGUUGGGCAAAGCAACGAGAACAAUGAAGCUGAUCUAUCCGUAGAGCCGAUUUCAUGAAGCGGUGRCUAUCUUUGUCUYUUUUUGGAAUGCAGUUUUACGAACUAUUUUCGAAAUAUUUGCCGGAUGCGUAAAAUGGAAAACAUAAAACUAAUUAAGAGAUCGGAUUUCAUUCUAAGGAAAUAUCGUAUACAUCGGCAUUAAAAUGUUCAUAGAUAAAAUGACAAUGUAUAGCCGACAAUAUAAUGAUAAAAUUCUUUUUAAAGAG